CGCACCCGGAAUUGAUUAAAUCGUUCUACGUGAUGUUAAUUUUUUGUGUCUCGCAAAUAACGGGGCGUUUUGCAAGUUUGUUUAGAAAAUCGGAAAAAACGUACACUUCCAUCUUCCGACGUCAUUUUAUUUAGUUUCUUCUGUAUUCGCAAAACUUCCUCUUCUACACUCAUUUUGUCGGGAUUUUUUAUCAACACAAGCCAAAUUACGUGAAUAUUUCGAUUUUUACGAGACUCUUAAAACGACGCUUUCCUCCUUCGAGCUUUACGUGGAGUGAAAGAAGAGAGAGGGGGAAAUUCAACGGCCACAAACUCAACAAACACAUGCGCGUAGACAUGCGCUUUGACAUAUAUGUCAAAUUUGACAAUUCUGUCAAAUAGUUGGCACUCAAAAUUUUUUUAAAAAUAUGAGCCGGUGUAGAAAACGAAUUAGGUGAAAAUGUACAAGGUUUUAAGGAAUAUCAUGAGAAUGAAAUUAACUUUCUCAAAGAAAAUCACAUCCCUCACCCCCAAGUAUACUUUAGGCCAUAAUUUUGUACUCAAACGACACACUUCUAGUUACAAAUCAGAUAACGUUUAUUUAGUAGAUGAAGAUGCUAGUUCUGGUAGCGAAACAAGCAAUAAUAUCAAUAAGUAUACACAAAGGACCCACACUUGCGGUGAAUUAAGAAUUGACAAUGUUGGCCAAAGAGUGGUUCUAUGUGGUUGGUUAGAGUUUCAAAGAAUGAAUAAAUUUGCCGUCCUUAGAGACAGUUAUGGAGCGAUUCAACUUUUAGUUCCUGAAGAAGAUACUAGUACGCAAAAAUUGCUACAAAAUCUCCCUUUUGAAUCAAUAAUACAAGUGAAAGGCACUGUCCUGUCAAGACCAGACAACAUGAAAAACAAAAAGCAACCAACUGGCGACAUUGAAGUAUUUAUUGAAGGCUUCACAAUUUUAAAUAGGGCUAAAGACAACCUCCCUUUCAACAUCAGAGAAUAUCAAAUAGCCAGAGAGGCACUCCGCAUGCAAUACCGCUACCUGGACUUAAGAUUCCCCCUAAUGCAGCGUAAUCUACGCGUCCGUUCAGAAAUGCUAAUGAAAAUGCGCGAUUUCCUCGUAAAUCACAGCGGCUUUGUAGACGUAGAGACCCCAACUUUGUUCAAGGCCACUCCUGGUGGAGCGCAAGAGUUCAUCGUCCCAACUCGAUUCCCCGGUCAGUUUUACUCCCUAGUCCAAAGCCCCCAACAAUUCAAACAAAUGCUAAUGGCGGGGGCUGUCGAUAGGUACUUCCAAAUUGCACGGUGUUACCGCGACGAAGGGGCACGUCCAGACAGGCAACCUGAAUUCACGCAACUCGAUAUCGAAAUGUCUUUUACAAACUUGGAUAACAUCUUGCAACUUGUUGAGGAAUUGUUGGGGUACUCGUGGCCCCCAUUUUUAGAUUCUUUGCCUAAAAAAUUUCCAAGAAUUGGGUUUAGGGACGCAAUGGAGUUGUACGGGUCGGAUCAGCCAGACACCAGGUUUGGGUUUAAGAUGGAAAAUUGUACCCAGCUUUUGAAAUUGAACGAAAAAUUGGUCAAUUCGGACGAUUUUGGGGCGUAUUGUAUUGUUUUUUCCAAAGAAUAUGCUAAUUUAAGUAAAGGAGUAAAAGAAAAUUUAGAUAAAAUUAGUAAACAGUUCCCCCUUGUUAAGUUUGUUCAAACUAAAUUAGCAACACCUAAUGAUGUGGUGAAUAAACUUGGGAAAUUGUUGUCUGAAAAUGUCGCGGCGAAAUUGGUCAAUCAGGUGAAGCUGAGCGAUGAGUGUGUUUUGUUGUUGGGUUUUGGGAAUAAAAAACAAACCCAAACCUUAAUGGGAAAAAUUCGGCUCGAGUAUGUCGAUCAUUUAGAAAAACUAGGUGUUAGUGUGAGAAAAACAGGCAUGCAUUUAUUAUGGGUGGUAGACAUGCCGCUAUUCGAACCUGGGGAAACCCCGGGAAGUUUGCAAUCGGCACAUCACCCAUUCACAGCGCCCAAUUCCGACGAUUUGCCCCUAUUGGACACAGCGCCUUUACAGGUCCGGUCUCUAUCAUUUGAUUUAGUUUUAAACGGAAACGAAAUAGGAGGAGGUUCCGUCCGUAUUCACGACCCCAAUCUUCAAGAAAAAAUAUUCCGAAUGUUGAACAUUGAUAAAAAUUCCAUGCAACAUAUCAUUGAUAUGUUAUCAUCAGGGUGUCCGCCCCACGGGGGUAUUGCUCUGGGCCUCGAUCGUCUAAUGUCGAAAAUUUUAAAUACGCCAAGUAUUCGUGAUGUUAUAGCGUUUCCGAAAACAUUUGAAGGUCGAGAUCCGUUAAGUGGAGCACCGUCAACUGUUUCCGAGGCAGACUUGAAACUCUACCAUGUCAAGAGUGUCAAGUGAACAGUAUUUUAUAUUUUUUACAAAUAAAGGGUGCUUAGUUCUAAUUAUUUCAUUACUUUAGGAGUACUACACCAAGAGAAAUUUAUCUAAUUGCAUUACCUUACAAAAACGAUAAUCUUUUUCUAAAUGUUAAUUUCUUUUUUAAACAUGAAAUAAAAUUCGAUUUGAUUAUUAGUUUUUAAUUAUUAGAGGUGUAAAAG